GGAUUAGUCCUCGCGCCGUAUAAAAGCCUAUCUGAAUCCUUCACAUAUUAUUAUUAAUGCAAUUUUGCAACUGUAAUUGUUACGAAGUAUAAGGUUCUUCAGUAAUUUAAUUUGCUGUUAACUUUAUCACGUCGUGUUUUGACAGUUAAUUAAUUACGCGACGGUAAUUUCAAUUAUUUUUGUACUGAAAAGACACGUUUUUUUCAUAAAAGACAGACAGCGUGAAUACGAAAAACAACAGCACCUAUUUAUUUCUUCAGCUACCACGACGGCUUGUACGAUUUUAAUUACAUUUUUGAGCAAAUAUUCUGAUUGUGUUUAAAAAAGACUUCAUUUCAGUAAAAGCCGAAAGCACUUUAAGGACACAAAACUAGAAUCAUUUGAAAAUAAAUAAAACAAUGGGUUUUAAAUACUGGACGUUAUUAUUCGGAGCCGUAAAUCUCGUACUGUUGGAUGAGGUCUUUGGCAAUGGACGGCUUCUUGUACCCCCGCAAAGGUCGAGUUUAUGGCGAGAUCCAGUAUUCUACCGGAACAGAUAUGUCGUUAAAAAUUAUGAUGAUCAUACGCUUAACUGCGGUGGAUUCUGGAAAAUGCAUGAAAAUGACGGUAAAUGUGGUGUUUGUGGAGAUGCAUGGGACGACGAAGAGCCACGUCCAAACGAGGCUGGUGGAAUGUACGCCCGAGGUGUAAUUGGCCGCACGUACUCAACAGACAAACGAUUCAUUGAUGCAGUGGUACAAGUGACGUCAUCAAUGUCUGGGUAUUUCGAAUUUAACAUUUGUCCCAACGAUGAUGUCAAGACAAAAGUGAGCAAGGACUGUCUAGAUCAGUUCCCACUGCGUAUAUUAAGCAAGGACAGAUCGACAUCGUAUGGCAGACGAUAUUCUCCAGAUAUAAAACCAGGUCAAGCUGGGAUCGUUGAGCUUUCGCUAGAAAUUCCAGAAGGACUUGAGUGUACACAAUGCGUUCUUCAGUGGCGAUGGCAUGGAGCAAAUAAUUACGGCAUGUGUCGGAAUGGAAGAUGGGGAAAAGGAUGUGGCGAACAGCCAGAAAUAUAUAACUGUGCUGAUAUAGCUAUCCUACCAGAACACUUAAUUCAUAACGAAGACGGCAAGAUUGACAAAAAACCAGACAGACCGAAGACAACCUCAACAACAACCCAGAAAACUACAAUAAGAGUAUCAACCACGAGUAUACCAAGCACAACCGAGAAAGUAUCUACUCCCCAAGCUCCAGAAACAAGCACAACUGCGCAACAAGAAACUACAUCUACGUCAAAGGAAGUGACGAAUACAUCAUCAUCUGUUUUCACUGAAUCAGCUACCUCUCAGUUGUCCACAGUACAGCCUGAACCAGAAUCUGAGGCGGAAGAAACAGCAAGCCCUAAACAAACACCAGAACAGACUACAGAAACUACAGUACAUAUGCCACAAUCUACUGCACAGACUGAGCGCAUAACAUCUGGAACAGUGACAACUACUGGAAGCAUGACUGAAUCCAUUGGAUCAACAGAAUCGCCAACGGACAAAAAUUUGCUAUCAAACGAAACAUCAGCAAUUUCCCCCGAAGUACAAACAAGUACAUCUAUAUUAACGACAUCAACAAGUGCCCCUACUACACAAACUAAUGCUGGAGUAACAGAAACACCUACACCAACAAUUACAUCGUCGGAAAAGAGCACAUCUGGAAUUACAGAAACACAGGUAAUUACAACUACAAGACAAUCUACAGCUCAAAAUACAGAACUUCAAUCAUCAACAAAUACACCUAUGACACAAAAUACCUCUCAAGUUAAAGGAAAAAGUUCAUCGACCAGUGCAUCAAUAGAACAAUUCACAUCUCAAGUUACAGAAACGCCAGACACAACUACUGCACAUGCAAAGUUUAGUACAGGUCAUAUAACAGAAACAUCUUCGAGUUUGCAUGAGGAAAAUUUCACAAGUCCAAUAACUAAUCCAUCAACCAAUUCUCCAGCAGAACAAACUAGUGCUCCAGAAAUCACAACCACAGUAGCAUCUAUAUUAGAUCAAAGUACAGCACACACAACCAGUACACCUACAGUAACAACUGUAAGUACAGAAACCUCUACAAAAUCACAGCGGGAUAAUGAUACUGCUGGUACAGCCUCGACCACAAUGCAGUCUCGUGGCACAACUGAAAAAAUGGAUUCUACAGUAACAUUAAUACACCAGACUUCUCAGCAAACGUCUAGCACGACGAAACCACCAGUAGAAGAGACAACUGUUGUAGCUGAAGCUGCAAAUGUCACUGCGGACACAACAACAUUAAAAGUUAUUGUUGACACAACAAACACAAAAUCGUCACAAGGAAAGGAUCUAAUGACUACCACGUCACAAGCUAAAGUAGACCAGUCAACAACACCACCAUCGGAAGCAGCACUAACAAAAGCAAUACCUGCUGGCUCAACAGAAACACAGACGGCGUUGGAGGGCAUAACAAAUUCUUUUAACAACCAGACAUCACAGAACAAUCUUACUCCUGAAUCAUCUUCAGUUGUACCAUCAACAUCGACAGUACGUUUUACAGAAAGACCGUCUAUGCAACCAUCACCUUCCACAGUGUCACCUGCUGAUACAACAGAAUCAAAACAGCCUCUUGUAACUGGAAGUAUUUUAUCAACUUCAGAUGUCCUGACAUCCAAGACUUCUGACAUUUCUUUAGUUGAUUUACUUACUGCUAUUUCUAAACUGGAAAAUGUUUCUUCAGGUGAACUCAUUGAUGCGUUAGCGCGCCCAUCAAAUGACAGUAAUGUGGAUAUAAAUGUCAACAGAUCAAACAUUUCAACAACUAUUAGUACAACUUCUACAUCUGGAAAUAAUAUUACAUCAACCAGACCGACGACAUCAGACAAGACAAACGUCAAUACCGAAUCAUUUAUUACUACUAAAGCUACAAACAUAAAGCAACCAUCGACAACAGAAACAACUGUUCAAACAGGGUCUACCACGGACAUGCUUUUGAAUACCGAAAGCCCAUUCAACGUUGUCACAUCAAGAACAACACGAAUCGUAGGACCACAGGGAGGUCGUUUCGGAGGAGGAAUAAAUGUUGCAAAAAUAACCCCUGUAGACAGUAUUGUUAACAUUGAUUUGAAUAUACCUGGAGGAGAAGCUAAUAUUGAAAAAGAGAGAAUUAGACAAAACGGAGAAUCGUAACAUUAUGUACUUAUUUCAUUUUGCAGCCCAGGUAAUGAAGGAUUUUUUAUGAGAUAAAGACAGUGGGGUAUUUGCUCAUUUAAACUUUCUAUCCAUAUGAGCUGUUGUUCAAACAUGUACAUAUUUCAUAUAUUUAAUUUUAUAUGGCAGCCAAGGUAACUGUUGUACAUGUAUAUAUUUUCGCAUUUUUGCAUUUCUAUUUAACUAAGCUGAUUAUUACUUUGCACAACUGGACAAUAAUCAUAAAUCUUCCCAACGUUAAUAUUGUAUUAUCAACAUUAACACAAUUAUUUAAAAAAAGAGAACCUACUUUUGAAAAAAAAAGACGGAAAAAGAUUAAUGGAGCGCAUGCUAGACUUCAUAUAUGUUUGGCAGUCAAAAUGCUUAGACAUCCUUUUGGAGGGAGAUACGGAAACAGUGUGUGUCGGACUUGAACUUUCUAUUUGGCUAAGUUGUUUACCAGUACUCAGAUCUUGAUGUAAAUAACAGACCAUUAUAGAUGUUAUAUGACGUCAAAUUAUGUUACAUUUGAAGAAAACUGAAAAUCACGUGUUAAACAGUAGCAUUUAGUAGAACGACCGAGGGCGCUCAGACAUUAGUGGAAAUAUUUUACGCUUUGCAUUUUGGCAGCUUAGUGCUUUACUCGUGUUCAGCGUCGGAAUUCAAUUUGUCAAAGUUGUUUAUUAGCAUGCACACUUUUACGCUCAAGGCUGUUUAUCAGCAUGCACGUUCCAUAUUUAUUUGACUGUUAAUUGUGCUACGCUUAAUAAAUGUUUUGUUUUUUUAAAUUUAGAAUACGAAAACAUAUUUCUUUCAUCCUAAAUACAUGAAUAACCUAUCAACAUCAGGUUUUAACUUCAUUUCGGUAAUAUUCAUUGAUUUAUUUAUUAAAUUUAGAUAAUAAAAUUGCAUAUAUAAAGCCUCAUAUUUUCAUCUCAGAGUUUGUGAUGAUCAUAUGAUUUUUGCUAAAGUUUUAUUUUCUGUUUAGACAUCUUUGUCAAUAUGAACGAUUUAUGUCACAAAUUGUACAAACCUAGAACACAACGUACUUUUUAAGAUAGAAAACAACCAUAAUAUCCUCCGAAUUUCGUUUAUUUGUUGUGCGGUCAAGGAGAAGCAGGUUGUGAACUGCAUUUCGUAAAGCUAUAUAAAGUGAAUUUAGAAUGAAGUGUCAGCUAUUUAGUGUGUUCGUGUCUAUUGUUUGAUACGAUAUUUCUCUUGUUAAUAUCCAUAACGUUGUUUAAUGAGGCAGAUAUUGAUACGGAUCAUUUUGGUGAUUAAAUGAAAACAAUAUAUUGGUGGACAUUUAAUACACUGAACGCCAUUCAGCUAACACUUAUGACUGUAACAUGAUAUUGUUGAAUGUUUUAUGUAUUUUUGGCUGUGUUUGUUUUCGGGUGAAUUUCUGUCGUUAUCAUCUCGCAAUCAGAAGUGUAUAAACGAGAUAAAUUGCAUACGAAAAAACAGUGGUAAACAGUUAGGAUGUCUUAAAUAACUGAACUUUAAACAUCUGCCACAGACAUACAUUUUGAUAUAAAUGUAUCAUAAAUGAUUCAGAUUUAAUCUGUAUGAUAUGAAAUUCAGAUGAACAUUUUCUGUUUUAAGUCAACAUUUUAGUGUGUGGCUAACGCGGUAGAUAAAGUUUGUACAUAUUUUACAGGCUACACUAAUGUCCGUACAAACAGAUACUGUCUAGGUCUAAGACUCUCUAAAUCAUUUUGACCUCAGAUUCCAGAAGAAAAUAACAUAAACCUAGAGGCAUACCCCUCUUAAAAGAUUUCUUUCUUCGCUGAUUUUGUAUCUUUUCUUGAAAUCCUUAGCUUGAUAUUGUACAUGUAAUAAAGAAUUGCACCUGAUAUUUGCUUCAAAAACGUUUUCUGAAUAAAAUAUUUUAACACUC